CACCUGCAGCCUGUGGAGGAGCAAAUGCCAGAGCAGGUGGAUGCCUGAAGGAGGCUGUGACCCCAUGGGAAGCCUGUGCUGGAGCAGGCUCCUGGCAGGACCUGUGGACCCGUGGAAAGAGCAGCCCACUCUGGAGAAGGGUUGCUGGCAGGACCUGUGAUCUUGGGGUGGACCACACUGGAACAUCCUGUUUCUGAAGGACUGCACUCUGUGGAAGGGACCCACCCGGAGCAGUUAAUGAAGAGCUACAGCCAUGGGAAGGACCCACCUUGGAGAAUUUUCUGGAGAACUGUCUCCCGUGGGAGACACAACAUGCCGGAGCGAAGGAAGACUGUCUCCCAUGGGACAGAGCCCGUGCCGGAGCAGGGGAACAGUGUGACUGUCUCCAGUGGGAGCAAUCCCAUUCCAGAGCAGGGGAAAAAUGUUCCUGUCUGCAUUGGGAGCAAUCCCAUUCCGGAGCAGGGGAAAAAUGUUCCUGUUUGCAUUGUGAGCAAUCCCAUUGCGGAGCAGAGGAAAAAUGUUCCUGUCUGCAUUGGGAGCAAUCCCAUUCUGGAGCAGGGGAAAAAUGUUCCUGUCUGCAUUGGGAGCAAUCCCAUUCUGGAGCAGGGGAAAAAUGUUCCUGUCUGCAUUGGGAGCAAUCCCAUUCUGGAGCAGGGGAAAAAUGUUCCUGUCUGCAUUGGGAGCAAUCCCAUUCUGGAGCAGGGGAAAAAUGUUCCUGUCUGCAUUGGGAGCAAUCCCAUUCUGGAGCCGGGGAAAAGUGUUCCUGUCUCCAGUGGGAGCAACCCUAUUCUGGAGCAAGGGAAAAUUGUGCCUGUCUCCAGUGGGAACAACCCCAUUCCAGAACAGGGAAAAAAUGCUCCCGUCUCCAGUGGGAGCAACCCUAUUCUGGAGCAGGGAAAAAAUGCUCCUGUCUCCAGUGGGAGUGAUUCCAUGCCAGAGCAAGAGAAGAUUAUAACUGUCUCCAGUGGGAGAGACCCCAUUCCAGAGCAGGGGAAAGGUGUGAAUGUCUCCAGUGGGAGUAACCCCAGUCCAGAGCAAGGGAAGAGUGCAGUAAGUGUCUCCAGUGAGAGUGAUCCCAUUCUGGAGCAGGGCAAAAGUGUGACUGUCUCCAGUGGGAAUGACCCUCUUCCAGUGCAGGGGGAGAGUGUGAAUGUCUCCAGUGGGAGAGACCCCAUGCCAGAACAAGGGAAGAGUGUAAUUGUUUCCAGUGGGAUCGACCCUAUUCCAGAGCAGGGGAAGAGUGUAACAACUGUCUCCAGUGAGAGUGACCCCAUUCCAGAGCAGGGGAAGAGUGUGAAGAGUCCUCUCCACAAGGAAGAAGGAGCAGCAGAAACACCGUGUGAGGAGCCGACCGCAACCCCCGUUCCCCGUAGCUCUGAGCUGCUGCGGGAAAAGAGGUGCCAGUCAGCCACUCCGCCGCCCCUGUUGUCCCCUCAAAGAAGCCCUGCCUAUCCCCUCAGUGACAGCGAGGACUCCUCCCGCUCCACUGGGCUCUCCAGAGUCUCCAGCUCCAGGCUGUGCCUCAAGGACUGGAACAGCCGCACGUCUACGCUGCGCAGCACCUCCACCAGCCCAUCGGACACCGAGUCCCCGAGCCGCCCCCUCAAAGCCAUCAGUGUGGGUGCUCUGGAUAAAAGGCUGUCCGUGUUCAAGGCUGACCAAAAGGAGAGUCCAAAUGAGGGUCAAGAUGGGGAAGCAGUAGGGAGCCAUCCACUCGCCCGGAGCACUCUGUCUUUGGGCACCGCAGCCAAAUUGAGGACCCUCUCUGGCAGCAGGGUGAGCGUCCGCUCGCAGGCGCUGGACAUCAGGCAGAAGAUCACAGAAUGGGAGUGCCGCCGGGAGCUGUCCCCCAGGGCCAGCGUGUGCAUGGACAAGAGGGACGCUGGGGAGAGGUCGGGCAGUGAGAGCUGCCCCAGUGUGCUGACCUCUCCCUGCAGCGACAAGACAUUUGAUUUCAAAGGGCUCAGAAGAAUGAGCCGAACAUUUUCUGAGUGCUCUUACCCAGAAACAGAGGAGGAGGAACUGCUGGACAGGGAUUCCUGCCAUCGGUUUGAAAAGAGACCAGGCAGGAGCGAACCUCCUUCUGCCACUUUCCUUAAGAGCCAUGUGAGGAAAGAGUCCUCUGCUGUGCUCAACAGAAUCCAGAAGAUUGAGCAGGCACUGAAGGAGCAGUCGGGCAGAGGCCUCCCCCAGUUACCAAGUAGCUGCUACAGCGUUGACAAAGGGAGGAAAAAGUCUGGGACUCUGACUACUGUGGAGGGACUGAGCGAAACCCCGAGCGAUAGCAAAGGCGGGGGCGUUGUUUUGGGGAGUGAACCAGAAACACCUCCUGAGGCUGAGAAAGGCAGUAAAACAAAACAGAGCGUUACUGCGAACUCAGCGGGCCCCAAAGCGCUCCUGGAAAGCGCGCCCAACAGUGCCGUGAAUCCCGUCCCCAAGCCCAAACGCACCUUUGAGUACGAGGCAGACAAGUCCCACAAGAGCAAACCAAGCAAUGGCCUACCUCCAUCUCCCACACCUGCUGCUCCUCCUCCCCUCCCGUCCACUCCCGCGCCCCCCGUGACCAGGAGGCAGAAGAAGGAGUCGCGCUUUCACCGAAAAUCCCAGAAUAGAAAAUCCUUUGAGUUUGAGGAUGCCUCAAGCCUGCAAUCCCUGUACCCUCCCUCCCCGACUGAAAAUGGAACCGAGAGCCAGCAUAAAUUUGGAUCCAAGAGCACUUUAGAAGAAAAUGCCUAUGAAGACAUUGUAGGCGAGUCACCCAAGGAAAACCCGUACGAGGAUGUGGAGCUGAAAGGCCGUCACGGGGGGCGAAAAUCCCAUCAGCUGUCCGAGAACUCCCUAGAUUCCCUGCACAGGAUGUGGACUCCGCAGAACAGGAAAUACACGGCUCCUGCGCAGCUGCCCUCGAAGGCCAGCAGCCACUCCCUGCGCGUGGGGAACUGGUCGGAGAGGAAGAGCCACCGCCUGCCGCGGCUGCCCAAGCGGCACAGCCACGAUGACAUGCUGCUGCUGGCUCAGCUGGGCAUCCCCUCGUCCCCCUCCAGCCUCAACGAGGACAGCCUGAGCACCGCCAGCGAGCUGCUGUCCACGCGGCGCGCCAGGAGGAUCCCAAAGCUUGUCCAAAGAAUCAAUUCCAUCUACAGUGCAAAAAGAGGGAAAAAACGACUCAAGAAACUUUCUAUGUCCAACAUUGAGACAGCGUCCCUACGAGAUGAGAACAGCGAGAGUGAGAGUGACUCAGAUGACAGGUUUAAAGCUCACACCCAGCGCCUCGUGCACAUCCAGUCAAUGCUGAAGAGGGCUCCAAGCUAUCGGACCCUGGAACUGGAGCUGAUUGAGUGGCAGGAGCGGGAGUUAUUUGAGUAUUUUGUGGUAGUGUCCCUGAAAAAGAAGCCUUCUAAAAACACUUACCUCCCAGAAGUGACAUACCAGUUUCCCAAGCUGGAGCGACCGACCAAGCAGAUGCGGGAAGCGGAGGAGCGCCUCAAGGCCAUCCCACAGUUCUGCUUCCCUGAUGCCAAGGACUGGCUCCCUGUCUCUGAGUACAGCAGUGAGACCUUCUCUUUCAUGCUGACCGGGGAGGAUGGGAGCCGGCGGUUCGGCUACUGCAGGAGGCUGCUGCCCAAUGGAAAAGGCCCACGCCUACCUGAAGUUUACUGUGUCAUCAGCCGCCUGGGGUGCUUUGACUUAUUUUCUAAGAUCCUGGAUGAGGUUGAAAGGAGAAGGGGAAUAUCUGCUGCCCUGGUUUAUCCAUUUAUGAGAAGUCUGAUGGAAUCUCCUUUUCCUGCACCUGGAAAGACAAUCAAAGUCAAAACCUUCCUGCCUGGAGCUGGAAAUGAGGUGAUCGAGCUGCGCAGGCCCAUGGACUCCCGCCUGGAGCACGUGGACUUCGAGUGCCUCUUCAAGUGCCUGAGCGUGCGGCAGAUCAUCCGCAUCUUCGCCUCCCUCCUGCUCGAGCGCCGCGUCAUCUUCGUGGCGGACAAGCUCAGCACCCUGUCAAGCUGCUCCCACGCUGUAGUGGCCCUGCUGUAUCCCUUCUCCUGGCAGCACACCUUCAUUCCUGUCCUGCCCUCGUCCAUGAUUGACAUCGUGUGCUGCCCUACCCCCUUCCUGGUGGGACUGCUCUCCAGCUCUCUGCCCAAACUCAAGGACCUGCCAGUAGAGGAGGCUUUGAUGGUUAACCUGGGAUCUGAUCGAUUCAUCAGACAGAUGGAUGAUGAGGACACACUAUUGCCUAGAAAAUUGCAAGCUGCUCUGGAGCAGGCUCUAGAGAGAAAGAAUGAACUGAUAAAUCAGGAUUCAGAUAGUGAUUCAGAUGAUGAAUGUAACACCCUGAAUGGAUUAGUGUCUGAGGUUUUUAUCCGAUUCUUUGUGGAGACAGUUGGCCAUUAUUCCCUGUUCCUAACCCAGAAUGAAAAAGGAGAGCGUGCCUUCCAAAGGGAGGCUUUCCGUAAAUCUGUGGCCUCCAAGAGUAUCCGCCGCUUCUUGGAAGUUUUCAUGGAAUCCCAAAUGUUCGCUGGCUUCAUCCAGGACAGAGAGCUGAGGAAAUGCAGGGCUAAAGGGCUCUUCGAGCAGAGGGUGGAACAGUAUUUGGAAGAGCUCCCGGACACAGAACAAAGUGGAGUAAACAAGUUCCUGCGAGGCCUCGGUAACAAAAUGAAGUUCCUUCACAAGAAGAACUAGCUCCUUCCUGCUGAAACACCAACCCAAAACCUAUUUAUGGCACUGUGCGAGACACCUGCGGCGUUGGAGUGCGGAGCGGGAGGAGAGCGGAGCGAGCUGAGGCAGCUCCAGGCGAUGAUCCGUGGAUGCUGUGUCAGUGUGCCUCGUGAGGGCUCCUCCGUGUUUUUGGGCAGAGUUUGUACAUAAUGUGCUGUAAGCUUUUGUAACUGAUUUUGUAAUGAGCGAGAAAACUGUGGUAAAUAUUUGUAUAUUCCUGAGAAUACCAGGUGCUUGUUUUUUUUCUUUAGUAUGAGUUGAGUUAUGCUUGGUGCAAAAACGAGUAGCUGAUUAUGUGCAGCUGACUGUCUCAGCAGAACCACUGACUUCAAGGGGUGUUUGGUGCCUGAACACUGCGGGGUGAAUGAGCUCGGGUACGUGGGAGAGGUUGUACGCACGGGGCCGCUCUCGUGCGGCACAGGCGCUUGUCUGUCUGUCUGUCUGUCUGUCUGUUUCCUUCGAACUGAUUUUAAAGGAGAAAUAACAAAGUAACUUGAUAAUAAGGUACUUGGUUCACAUUGCAGAACCUCCACUUGGUUUGAACUCUGGUCAGUAAACUCCUUAUAACGCACUCUGCACUAAGAUGCUAAGCCUGGGGGGAUGUCAGCGCUCUGACAUGCAAGCUGCAGCCAGUAGGUACAGUACAGCCUUUCCUAGAGUAUGUAUGUAUGGAUCCUAAUAAACUCUGUAAAUAGACCUGUUUGUUCAUAUUCAUUGCAAACCUCUGCACUUCCUCACGUGGAGCAGGUACAAACACAGCAACUCGCCUGUGAUUUUUAAAUGAAUUUGUAAUUAAAAUGUAAAGUGGCUAUUA